CUAUCUUGGAGCAUCGCAUCCAAGAAACACCAUCUCAUCCUGUCUCAGUCUCCAUCAUCACUUGCGCCAAGUAACAUCUGAUUUCGAGGAAGACGAGGAGCGCAAAAUGGGCUCCGCUACUGCUGCUGGUGCCUCGGUUUCGUCGCGAAUGAUUCUGAUGAGAGCCGCCUUCUUCACACUGUGCGCUCUCGUGUUCUUGCCGGCUCUUGCUCAGGCGAAGCACGGAGGUGUCACCAGGCAUUACAAGUUUGAUAUCAAGAUGCAGAAUGUGACGAGGUUGUGCCAGACGAAGAGCAUUGUCACGGUCAAUGGCCAGCUCCCGGGGCCUCGAAUCAUCGCUAGAGAAGGCGACCGGCUCCUAAUCAAAGUCGUUAACAAUGUCCAGUACAAUGUCACAAUCCACUGGCAUGGAGUCCGACAACUCAGAAGCGGGUGGGCUGACGGACCGGCAUACAUCACGCAGUGCCCGAUUCAAACCGGCCAAACCUAUGUCUACAAUUUCACCGUGACCGGCCAAAGAGGAACAUUGUUUUGGCAUGCCCACAUAUCAUGGCUCAGGGCGACUCUGUAUGGCCCGAUCGUGAUCCUCCCAAAGAAACACGCUUCCUACCCUUUUCCCCAGCCUUUCAAAGAAGUCCCCAUUGUUUUCGGAGAAUGGUGGAAAGCCGACACAGAAACCAUCAUAAGCCAGGCCUUGAAGACUGGAGGAGCGCCGAACCUCUCCGAUGCCUACACCAUGAAUGGCUUUCCGGGGCCCCUAUACAAUUGCUCGGCCAAAGAUACGUUCAAGCUCAAAGUUAAGCCCGGAAAGACCUACCUCCUUCGCCUUAUCAACGCCGUCCUCAACGAUGAGCUCUUCUUCAGCAUUGCGAACCACACGCUCACCAUCGUAGAAACCGACGCAGUUUAUGUGAAGCCCUUCAAGACCCACACAGUGCUCAUAACCCCGGGACAGACCACCAACGUCCUGCUCCGUGCAAAAUCCAAGGCCCCGAAUGUCACAUUCGUCAUGGCGGCUCGGCCCUAUGCCACCGGCCCCGGUGCCUUUGACAACACCACCGUCACUGGAUUCCUCGAAUACGCUAAGCCCUCUUCACCCUCGAAACCUAAAGCAUCCAAACUCCCUAUCCUCAAGCCAACCCUACCGAAGUUCAACGACACGGCAUUCGCCAUGAAAUUCGCCCAAAAGUUACGUAGCUUAAACACUGCUCGGUUCCCAGCAAAAGUGCCCCAAACCGUGGACAAGAAGUUCUUCUUCACCGUCGGCCUAGGAGUAAACCCGUGCCCGAAAAACCAAACCUGCCAAGGUCCGAACAACACCAUGUUUGCGGCCUCAAUAAACAACGUCUCCUUCGUGAUGCCAAGCACGGCCUUACUCCAAGCUCACUUCUUCAAGCAGUCCAAUGGGGUUUACACUACUGAUUUCCCCACCAAACCACCUUUCAAGUUCAACUACACGGGUACGCCACCGAGCAAUAUGUUGGUGACUAGCGGCACGAAGGUGGUGGUCCUGCCGUUCAACACGACCGUGGAGCUGGUGAUGCAGGAUACGAGCAUCAUCGGUGCGGAGAGCCACCCUCUUCACCUCCAUGGAUUCAACUUUUUCGUGGUGGGACAGGGCUUCGGGAACUUCAAGCCGAAGAGGGACCCCAAGAAUUUUAAUCUGGUCGACCCGGUGGAGAGGAACACGGUCGGCGUACCAUCUGGUGGUUGGGUGGCCAUCCGGUUUCUUGCAGAUAAUCCAGGAGUGUGGUUCAUGCACUGUCACUUGGAGGUUCACACGAGCUGGGGGCUGAAGAUGGCAUGGGUCGUCAUGGACGGAAAGGGUCGGAAGCAAAAGUUGCCGCCGCCGCCAGCCGAUCUUCCCAAGUGUUGAUUUUUCCAAUUUCGUUUUCCCUGUCCAAGUGCAAUUUUGGAUUAGCUGUUGCAUUGUUCUUUGAUUCAUUCUUUUUCUUCAAGUUCUUUUUUCUCCUUGGAGAGUCCAAUGCGAGAUGUAAUGCUUAAACUCGAAUCCCAAAUCUCAACGAAGUAAAGUAGGCAACCUUCCACA